AUGACACAGGAGUACGACAACAAACGGCCAGUGUUGGUUCUUCAGAAUGAAGCACUUUAUCCACAGCGUCGUUCCUACACUAGUGAGGAUGAAGCCUGGAAGUCUUUCCUGGAAAACCCUCUCACCGCAGCCACCAAAGCGAUGAUGAGCAUCAAUGGAGAUGAAGACAGUGCAGCUGCGCUGGGCUUGCUCUAUGACUACUACAAGGUUCCACGAGAGAGAAGGUCCUCAACAGCAAAGCCAGAUGUUGAGCACCCAGAGCCAGAUCAUAGCAAAAGAAAUAGCAUAUCAAACGUGACUGAGCAGCCCCUCAUUUCUGCUGGAGAAAACAGAGUGCAAGUGCUGAAAAAUGUGCCAUUUAACAUUGUCCUUCCCCAUGGCAACCAGCUGGGCAUCGACAAGAGGGGCCAUCUGACAGCUCCUGACACCACGGUCACUGUCUCCAUAGCAGCGAUGCCUACCCACUCCAUCAAGACGGAGACCCAGCACCACGGCUUUGCUGUGGGGAUCCCCCCAGCAGUGUAUCAUCCUGAGCCCACAGAGCGUGUGGUGGUUUUCGACCGGAACCUGAAUGCUGACCAGUUCAGCUCUGGUGCUCAACCUGCAAACGCUCAAAGGCGUACUCCAGACUCUACCUUCUCAGAGACCUUCAAGGAAGGCGUUCAGGAGGUUUUCUUCCCCUCGGAUCUCAGUCUGCGGAUGCCUGGCAUGAAUUCAGAGGACUAUGUUUUUGACAGUGUUUCUGGGAACAACUUUGAAUAUACCCUAGAAGCCUCAAAAUCGCUCCGACAGAAGCCGGGAGAUAGCACCAUGACAUACCUGAACAAAGGCCAGUUCUAUCCUGUCACCUUGAAGGAAGUGAGCAGCAACGAGGGCAUCCACCACCCCAUCAGCAAAGUCCGAAGUGUGAUCAUGGUGGUUUUUGCCGAGGACAAAAGCAGGGAGGAUCAGUUAAGGCAUUGGAAAUACUGGCACUCGCGUCAGCACACGGCGAAACAGAGAUGCGUUGACAUAGCUGACUACAAAGAAAGCUUCAACACCAUCAGUAACAUUGAGGAGAUUGCGUAUAAUGCCAUUUCUUUCACUUGGGACAUUAAUGACGAAGCAAAGGUUUUCAUCUCCGUGAACUGCUUAAGCACAGAUUUCUCUUCUCAGAAAGGUGUGAAGGGGCUGCCUCUGAACAUUCAGAUAGACACCUACAGCUAUAACAACCGCAGCAACAAGCCUGUGCAUCGGGCGUACUGCCAGAUAAAAGUCUUCUGUGACAAGGGAGCUGAACGGAAAAUCAGGGAUGAAGAACGAAAACAAAGCAAAAGAAAAGUUUCUGAUGUCAAAGUACCACUGCUUCCCUCUCACAAGCGAAUGGAUAUCACGGUUUUCAAGCCCUUCAUUGAUCUCGACACGCAGCCCGUCCUCUUCAUUCCUGACGUGCACUUCGCCAACCUUCAGCGGGGCGCUCACGUCCUUCCCAUUGCCUCAGAAGAAUUGGAGGGUGAAGGGUCUAACUUGAAAAGGGGGCCUUAUGGCUCAGAAGACGAUUUUGUGAUCCCUCCUCCCGCUAAGCUGAGCCGGAUAGAAGAACCAAAGCGAGUGCUGCUCUAUGUGCGAAAGGAGUCGGAAGAAGUCUUCGAUGCCCUGAUGCUCAAGACUCCGUCUUUGAAGGGCCUGAUGGAAGCUAUCUCAGACAAAUAUGAUGUUCCCCAAGACAAGAUUGGGAAAAUAUUCAAGAAGUGUAAAAAAGGGAUCCUGGUGAACAUGGACGACAACAUCGUGAAGCAUUACUCCAACGAAGACACCUUCCAGCUGCAGAUGGAAGAGGCCGGGGGGCUGUACAAACUCACGCUCACCGAGAUCUGAGGGCGCCCUGGCCCACGACUCCCAGCGAGCUCAGGGAAGCUGUCACGUGGGCCUUUGGGUUGGCAAGCCGCAGGUUCCCCAGUCAGCCACCUUCCAAAUGUGGGUGGAUGUCAGUGGAAGGGGUUCCUUUCCAGUUGGAGAUGGUGCCGCAUUUGGCUUGGAGAUAGCAUUGACUAUAUUGCAUUGGCGUUUUUCAGAUGACAGAGAA